AUGUGGUUUAGACGAUCACCGGCGCUACUGAUGCCCCUACCGGCGGUGGUGCAGGAAGAGACCGGCCACACUAUCCGGUUCUGUCGCCUCCGACGCCGCAACAACCGGCGGGGCCGUGGUGGGGCCCAGAACAACUAUCACAUUGGCACUAUCCAUGAAGGGUUUUCCGGUGUGAUCAUCCUGGGCCAGCCCUCGCCGGGCAUGGCGGGCGGCGCCGCCACCGCUGCCGCUGCCGCUGCUCCCACCAGAGCAGAAGAAGAUGAGAACAUUGAAAUUGAAGAAAUGGAGUAG